GUACUUGCCUUGUUCUCAUCUGACGGAAGCAAAGAAGUAGUGAAGAAGAGAAAGGAUUACAAUCAAAAGUUACAAAUAUAUAAAUUGUCAAAACAAAGAAGAAAAAUAUCUAGAAUUGAGCUUCUCAAAAUAUUGCAUUAACAAUGGAUCUAGCACAAAGAAGUUUAUCUACGGGUGUUCCAGCACACGUACUUAAAAUACUGGAUUGGUUUGGUAGGAUCAAUGCCCUAUCAGGAACACUAAAAAGUCUCAGUCUAUUUAAUGAAGCGAUUGAAAGUAUGAAAUAUGCGGAGUCAACAGAAGUAACAGAAUUAGUUAAAAAAACGACUGACGUCGUCUAAAAAGUUGUUUAAACAGGCAGAAGAAAAAGCCAAACGUGAAUUUUGUGAUGCAUUACUAACAAUUGCUGAUAAAAUAACAGCGUGCAGGAUUUGCAUCGCAAGCUCUGUUCUUCAACAUUUAAAUGAUAGUGAGGCAGCAGGAAAUCAUUUGAUGCUAUACUUAAAAGAUUUAAAUUCAUUGCCUGAGGUUGGAGAGCAUUUUUUCAAUUUAAAUAGGAGACAGAAAGUCGUUCGCGAUUUACUAAAGAUCAAUUUAUCAAUGGCAGAUUUUAUUUCCAACCACACAUCCCAAAGGCACGCAGUUCUUGAAUGGCCAUUGAUUAAAUGUUUGGAGGAAACGUUCCAUCCUUUAUAUUUCAUGUCGGUAGAAAGAACUCCAAGUAUCUCAACGCCUUGGUCAGUAUCUCAUUUUCAUAAGGAUGAAGCUCACCUAUAUGUCGAUAAAGAAAUCACUUUAACCAACGAAGGAGAACUGCUGAUUUUUUCUGGAAACAAACUCCAAAAACUUGACAGGGAAACAGGAAAGCUUCAACCGUGGUGUAAAGAAAGUUGUGAGAUUGAUGAUUCGGAAGUUAAAUGUAUGACAGUUGAUAACAGUGGCGUGGUAUAUGUUCUUUCUGGCUCUAGACAAAAGCUAUUUUGGAAUCACAUGUUAACAGUUUUUUCAAAAAAUGGUACAGUCCAACAAUCUACAUUAAAUUUCCUCGACAACAAAAACGCGCAAAAUGCGUUUAUAACCGUAACACGAGAUGAAAGAAUUGUCAUUGCAUUUGUUGACGGUGAGCUACUCAAUGUCUACUUAUGUGGAUGUUACAAAAAUGGUGAAGUCUUUCUGGAGCCUCGCUGGAUGAGAGAUUAUUAUUACCCAAUUAUUGAUGAUGUGAAAUGUUUGUCUAUCUCUGAUGAUGACACCAUAACGACGAUAACCUAUCGAAACGAACGUUUUCACAAAUUUUAUAGACUCCUCAUCUACAACAUGAAAGGAAAUUUUUUAAAAGACUGGAAAUUUAAUCAAAUCCAUGAAGAAAUUACAGAAUAUAGGCAAAUUAUCUAUACACCAGUCUCCAAGUGCAUUACAGGUUACUACUUUAAAGAUGAUGCUUCAAAGUUAGUGGUUGAGACUUUCUCAGCUGUUACUAAAAAACAUCAGUCUACCGUUGUGCUUAUGAACACGGGAUAUGAUGCAGACAUGUUUAAUGUUUCUGUUCGUCUGGUUUACCAUGAUAACGGAGGAGUGGCUUUCGUUACUAACGAACGUAAAGUUCAAUUGAGACCAGAACAUCGUCCUAGGGGCAUACUGUCUGAUAAAUCAUUAAUGCACCAUGAAAAGCUGAAAAAGAUGGAGGAAUAUCGUAAGAAACAUCCAACAAAGGUUAAAUAUGUUAAUGAUAUAUUUGUAAUUUUCUCGGAAGAGUUUUUACUUGGCAAAGGAAGUGAUGGAACCCGUGUUUAUCUUGGUCUGGGAAAAGACGGUUAUGGAAAAGCAGUAAAACGGAUUAAUCGAGAUAGUUACACUGAGCAAGCUAAGCAAGAAAAAGAUAUUUUGAACGACUUCAAUGCAAAGCGUUCAAAAUAUGUUGUGAACUAUUGUUACCUGGAAGAAGAACCAGAGGAUGAAUUUGCAUAUUUGGUAUUAGAUUUAUGUGAGGAAUCGUUGGAAAGUUUUGUGAAAUCUUCUACUUUAGAUGAGCUUCAAAUAGUGCUUCCCAAAGUCAUGAGGCACAUCUUAAAAGGCUUAGCAGAUCUUCACAGUGAUCCAAGUCCUAUACUUCAUCGUGAUAUAAGACCCUCAAACGUUCUUCGAGAUGUACAGGGAAAUUUUUUAAUCGCUGACUUCGGUAUAAGUCGAAGAUUAUCAAAUGAAACUUCGACAUAUGAGAGCAUACAGAGAGGAGCUAAAAAUUGGAUAGCUCCAGAGUCGUAUAAUGAAGGAAAUAAAGCAAUUGACUCAUCCCGCUACAAGAAACAGUCUGAUGUUAUGAACGCUGGAAUGGUGGCUUAUUAUGUUGCAACAAAGGGGGAACAUCCAUUUGGACCUGAACGGUAUUUACUAAACAACCUUUUGAAUGGAAAUCCUGUUGGCUUGGAUGAAAUCAAGGAUACCACGCUCAAAGAUCUUCUUUCGUGGAUGUUAGAGCGACAACCCAAAGACAGACCAUCAGCCAACGAAGCGUUGAAACACCCAUAUUUUCUGUCGGAUUACGAGAAGUUUGAAAUGUUGUGUAAAGUUGGAAACCAACAACCAAUAAAGACAAAUGAUGCCCUUUCAAGUGUCGUUCAACAAUUGAAUAGCGAACCCUCUGAUUGGAAAAGUCAAAUGGAUAGUGAUGUUUAUGAUUAUUUUUGCACGUACGAGAAAAAUGGGAAAAUCAAUAAGACCCAUUAUGAUUCUUCAUGGACAGAAUGCUUAAGACUUAUUCGAAAUGUUGGCCAGCAUUGGUGCGAUCGACCACGGCCAAGACCACAACCAGAAACAUUUUAUAAAAUUGGUGAUCCAAAGGAAUACUUUCUCAAAACAUUCCCUGAUCUUCUUAUUCGAGUGCACACGGCUGUAAGGUCAAAUGAUGAAUGGAAAAACAAACCAGAACUCAAUUUCCUUUUUAAUUUUCAAUCAGGUUGACACGAAUCAAUGAAUAUUUCACAAACAUUUCAUUCGCGAGUUAUUUUGUGUUUUUCCUUUUUGCAGUGCAUAUGAGAGGAAAAUUGUCUCAUUUAGAUUAUAUUUUCACUGAACAUAACGUUGAAAAGGACAAUGUAAUUGAACUUGCUUAAUUCCUUAAAUAAAUUGCUUUUAAAAAUA